AUGGCACCCAUCGUUCACAUCAUCGACCCGGAUCCGGAUACCGUCAUAGUGCUCAAAAAUCCGUGUACAAUCUUUGCGCCUUGCGAUCCGGAAGAAGCAAGUCCAAAGCAAGCCAUGUGCGGAGGACCAGUGCGUGUAUAUUACAAGAAGAAGAAGAAGAAGAAAGGGAAGAAGUUGGGUGAUGAGCACCCACAACCAUCUACGUCUCCACUUCAUCAGGAACCUGCACUUGUCGAGACUCCUGCAGACAGCAGCAUGUUUAACUUGGAUGAAGGGUCCACCGCGCUUGCAGAACCUUCCUCUGCUGUGCAGCGUACGCCGUCACCGAUCUUACCGGAAGAGCCUGAGGAGGAGUCGAUCCAUUACCAUGUGUCAUCACGCCACCUGAUACUUGCAUCGGCUGCAUUCAAGCGAAUGUUAGCACGAGACGGGUUCGCCGAGUCUGUUCGCAACGAAGCCGAUGGACUUUACCACAUCACGGCUCACGACUGGGAUGCCGAAGCCUUCCUCAUUGUUCUGCGUAUUGUUCACGGUCGCAAUAAGCUGAUUCCACGAGAAGUGUCCUUGGAGAUGCUUGCCAAAAUUGCUGUGCUAGAGGACUACUACAACUUCGGAGAGGCUCUCGAUGUGUUCACUGAGGUGUGGAUCCGGGAGCUUACACAGAGACCUAUACCCCAAAUGCACGGUAGAGAUCUGGUAUUGUGGAUCUGGGUCGCAUGGGUGUUUGAUGUUGAACAACAGUUUACGAAAGCCACAGCAACAUCCAUUAAGCAGAUCACUGGGUCCUUCGGGACAUUGGAUCUCCCCAUCCCUGCGAUAGUAUCAGCCGGACAUGUUCUUAUGCACAGCAGAUGA